AGGAGGACCGGCCGCCCCAUAGACCCCCCCGCGCACCACCACCGCCGCUUCCUUUGCUUGGGUGCUCCUCCGGCCUGACUUCCCCUUUCUCCCACCUUUCCCGGCACCGCGGGAAAAGCAGCGCAGGGCAGAGCAGGCAGGGAGGGCGGCCGGAGCCCGGACACGGGAGCCUCCUAGUCAGUUCAAGACCCGACAUGAGGGAAAAGGGACGUAGGAAGAAGGGCAGGACCUGGGCGGAGGCCGCCAAGACGGUCUUAGAAAAAUACCCCAAUACACCCAUGAGUCAUAAAGAAAUUCUUCAAGUUAUCCAGAGAGAAGGACUAAAAGAAAUCAGGAGUGGAACUUCUCCUCUUGCGUGCCUGAAUGCAAUGCUUCACACAAACUCCAGAGGUGAAGAGGGCAUCUUCUAUAAGGUUCCAGGUAGAAUGGGAGUAUAUACUUUGAAGAAAGAUGUGCCGGAUGGGGUGAAAGAGCUAUCAGAAGGUUCAGAAGAAAGCAGUGAUGGUCAGUCAGAUUCCCAGAGUUCUGAGAACAGCAGCAGCAGCAGUGAUGGUGGCAGCAACAAGGAGGGAAAAAAGAGCAGGUGGAAAAGGAAAGUAUCGUCUAGACUGUCACAGCCAUCCUCCCCCCAGUCAGGCUGCCCGUCACCCACCAUUCCAGCAGGUAAAGUCAUUUCUCCAUCACAGAAGCACAGCAAGAAGGCACUCAAGCAGGCUCUAAAGCAGCAACAACAGAAGAAGCAGCAACAUCAGUGCAGACCAAGCAUGUCCAUCUCCUCCAACCAACAUCUUUCUUUAAAGACUGUCAAAGCAGCCAGUGACUCUGUACCUGCCAAACCUGCAAUAUGGGAAGGAAAGCAGUCUGAUGGACAGUCAAACAGUCCCCAGAACGCAAACCCCAGCUUUGCUUCUUCAGUUAAAGUGGAAAAUACUUUGCUUGGACUGGGUAAGAAGUCGUUCCAGAGGUCUGACAGACUCCACACAAGGCAAAUGAAAAGAACUAAAUGUGCCGACAUUGAUGUUGAGACUCCAGACUCCAUUCUGGUUAAUACAAAUCUGCGAGCACUGAUCAACAAACACACCUUUUCAGUCCUUCCUGGAGAUUGUCAACAGCGACUGCUUUUACUCCUCCCAGAGGUGGAUCGACAGGUUGGUCCAGAUGGUUUGAUGAAAUUAAAUGGCUCUGCCCUUAACAAUGAGUUCUUCACUUCAGCAGCCCAAGGCUGGAAGGAACGGCUCUCAGAAGGUGAGUUUACACCUGAGAUGCAGGUGAGAAUUCGACAAGAGAUUGAGAAGGAGAAAAAAGUGGAGCCGUGGAAGGAACAAUUCUUUGAAAGCUACUAUGGUCAGAGUUCUGGCCUGAGCCUUGAAGAUUCAAAGAAAUUGACAGCUUCUCCCAGUGAUCCCAAAGUAAAGAAAACCCCAGCUGAGCAACCAAAAGCCAUGCUGUCUUCAGAGGUCUCUCCUGUCAGAAUAGUCCCAGUAGUCCCCCAGUCAGAGUAUAAAGAAGAAACACCGCAAAUGUCGUCACCAGACAAAAAAGAAGAACGCGAAAGCCAAGACAAGGUGCAGCCUAGCUUCUCCACAUCCACAGAGCCCCUCCUUUCCUUAACUAGCAGCACACAGGAGCUUAGCAGUGCUCUUCCCGUCACAUGCCCAAAGGAUGAGGAUCUGCUAGAGCAGAAGCCAGUUGCCUCUACUGAACAGGAGUCUGAGAAAGAGAAUCAUCUCACUAUAGCUUCUAAGUGUAACAAAAAUGAAAGCCAAGAAUCUUUAGUUACGUCCCCAAGCAAAUCCAAGAGUCCUGGGAUAGAAAAGCCAAUAAUAAAGCCCGUAGCAGAAGCAAGCCCACAGGAGACCCCUAUGAAAGAACCUCCAGUAACUCCUGUUGAUCAGAGCCCUGAAAGCCUCAAGAGGAAAUCUCUCACCCAAGAAGAGACCCCUGUGAGUUGGGAGAAAAGACCUCGUGUCACUGAGAAUCGCCAGCACCAGCAGCCAUUUCAGGUCUCGCCACAGCCCUUUCUCAGUAGAGGGGACAGGGUCCAGGUGCGAAGAGUACCACCUCUCAAGAUCCCGGUCUCCAGAAUCUCCCCCAUGCCGUUUCAUCCAUCGCAGGUCUCUCCCAGGGCUCGUUUUCCAAUCUCCAUCACUAGUCCUAACAGAACAGGAGCCAGAACUCUUGCAGACAUCAAAGCAAAAGCCCAGCUGGUCAAAGCACAGAGGGCAGCAGCCGCUGCCGCUGCCGCAGCUGCUGCAGCCGCCUCAGUUGGAGGGACCAUUCCAGGACCUGGCCCAGGGGGUGGACAAGGUCCAGGGGAGGGUGGUGAAGGGAAGACUGCCAGAGGAGGCAGUCCAGGCUCAGACAAAGUCAGUGAAACUGGAAAGCGCCUCACACUGGAACUGGCAGGAACUGGAAGCAGGGGAGGUACGGGAGAGCUUUUAUCCUGUGGUCCAGAGACUCAGCCCCAACCUGAGACCAGGACCACCCCCGGCCAGCCUCAUAGUGUCUCUGGAGCACAACUACAGCAAACCUCCUCAGUGCCUCCAGCACCUGCUGUCGGUGGAGCAUGCACAAGUGUCCCAUCAUCAGCCUACAUAAAGAAAUUGGAGAAUGAAAAACUGAACCCCUCCAGAGCAGCAGCCACAGUGGCCUCCCUUAACCACCUACAAGGACCCAGUAGUUGCAGACAGGAGAAAGCACCUUCUCCUCCAACAGGUCCUGCUCUAAUCUCAGGUGCCUCACCUGUUCAUUUUGCAGCUGAUGGUACAGUAGAGCCCAAAGCAGGCUCUAGAAAGAAUACACCAAACUCUUCAGCCUCAGCAAAGACAGAUGCUGGCAUGCCAGUGGCUGUGACUCCCUCCCCUUUAACAUCUUUAAUGACAACAGCCACUUUAGAAAAGCUUUCUGUCCCCCAGGUUAGUGUAACCACAGCAUCUUCUAGCCUUAAAAUCCCAGGAACUCCUUUAAAUAUGAAUGGGCCCACUUUAAGACCAAGCUCUAGUAUCCCUGCUAAUAAUCCUUUAGUUACUCAGCUGCUCCAGGGCAAAGAUGUGCCCAUGGAGCAAAUUCUGCCUAAACCUCUCACCAAAGUUGAAAUGAAAACUGUCCCACUGACUAUAAAAGAAGAAAGGGGCCUGGGAGCACCCGUGGGUACCAGUACAGCAGAAAAUAGCACCAGAGAGGAAGUUCAUGAGAGACAGUCCUAUCCAACUUCACAACAGCAGCUGGGCAAGACCUUGCAGAGUAAGCAGCUCCCCCAGGUUCCAAGGCCCCUUCAGCUCUUUUUAGCUAAGGAGCUGAGAGACUCCAGCAUUGACACACACCAAUACCAAGAAGGUCUAAGUAAAGCAACCCAAGAGCAGAUCCUUCAGACUCUCAUCCAGAGGGUUCGGAGUCAGCAUCUUCUCUCAGCCAUGCCGCCCUCCCAGUUCAACUUCGCUCACUCAGGUUUCCAGUUGGAAGACAUCUCCACGAGCCAGAGGUUCAUGCUGGGUUUUGCUGGCAGAAGGACAUCCAAGCCUGCAAUGGCAGGUCACUAUUUACUUAAUAUUUCCACCUAUGGCCGGGGCUCGGAGAGCUUUAGGAGGACCCAUUCUGUCAACCCUGAAGACCAUUUUUGUCUAAGUAGCUGCAGUGAAGCCUUGAAAAUAGGAUAUACAGACUGUAAAAACGCAACAGGCGAUAGCAGCAGUGGUAAAGAAGAUGAUACUGAUGAGGAAAGUACUGGUGAUGAGCAGGAAUCUAUCAUGGUCAAGGAGGAGCCCCAGGUUUCCCAGAGUUCUGGCAAGUGUGACUCAAGUUCAGGACCUCACAACAGGGAAACUCUAGCCACCAGUGAUUGCUUAGCUAACAAGAAUGUGAAGGCUGAGACACCAGUGAAUGAGCAGACCACUUUAAGCAAGGAGAAUUACCUGUUCACUAGAGGCCAAACAUUUGAUGAAAAGACGCUAGCCAGAGAUUUAAUUCAGGCAGCACAGAAGCAAAUGGCUCAUGCAGUGAGAGGUAAGACAAGGUGUAGCAGCCCUGAGCUUUUCAAUUCUACUGGCCCUCCUUUACCUACAGACAGCCCCACCCGUCAACCUCUACUCCUUCCUCCUCUGCAAACCCCAAAGUUGUAUGGAAGCCCCACACAGAUAGGGCCAAGCUACAGGGGCAUGAUCAAUGUCUCCACCUCAUCUGACAUGGACCAUAACUCUGCUGUACCAGGUAGCCAGGUAUCUAGCAACAUAGGUGAUGUCAUGUCCUUUUCAGUGACUGUCACUACCAUCCCUGCUAGUCAAGCUAUGAAUCCCAGCAGCCAUGGCCAAACCAUUCCCGUUCAGGCCUUUCCUGAGGAGAACAGCAUAGAGGACACACCUUCGAAAUGCUAUUGCCGAUUGAAAGCCAUGAUCAUGUGCAAAGGAUGUGGAGCUUUCUGCCAUGAUGAUUGCAUUGGCCCCUCUAAACUGUGCGUCUCAUGUCUUGUUGUUCGGUAAUGAGACUAGAAAGAGACAUGCUGUAAACGGGGGAAAA